AUGGCCAGCUCGGCUUCCCUGGAGACCAUGGUGCCCCCGGCCUGUCCCCGAGCCGGAGCGUCACCGGCCACUUCCAAGACGCUGGCCUUCUCCAUCGAGCGCAUCAUGGCUAAGACGUCGGAGCCCCGUGCGCCCUUUGAGCCCCGGCCGGGGGCCCUGGAGGCAGACAGCGGCCAGGGCAAGAAACUGCUCAACCUCUGCUCGCCGCUGCCCUGCAUGAUCCCCCUGCAGCCCCUGGGCUACGACAUGCCGUCCAAGACGCUGCUCAGCUACUCGGAGCUCUGGAAAGGCAGCCUCCGGGCGGGCGGCGGCGGCGGGGGGGCUUCGGUGUGCGGCGCCAGCGGCUUGUGCAAAACCAACUGUGGCGUGUGCUGCAAGGCCGAGCUGGGCCUGGCGCCGUCCGCGCUGCCCGCGGGCAGGGUCAUCAAGCCGCAGGUCAUCAACCACGCGGUGGGGCUGCCGGCCAGCGGCUCGCUCUACUACUUCAACUACCUGGACUCGGCCGCCUACCCGCCAUCUGAGCUUCUAGGCGGCCACCUCUUCCCAUCCGGCCUCCUCAACGCAGCACAGGCCCCCGCCGCCCUGGCGGCGCACCCCAAGCUCUUUUUGCUGGAGAACGCCAAGUUGGCCGGCCUGGCCGCGGACAAGUUCCCCCACCCGGCGCCCUACGCCCAUAAGGAGCGCCUGCCCGCGCCGCUGGAGCAGGUGCUGAAGGAGAACUCGGCCCUGACCGCCGAGCGCGGAGGCGUCAAGGGCCACGGCAAGCUGCCCGGUGCCUCCGCGGACGGGAAGCCGAAAAACUUCACCUGCGAGGUGUGCGGCAAGGUGUUUAACGCUCACUAUAACCUCACCCGCCACAUGCCGGUCCACACCGGAGCCAGACCGUUCGUGUGCAAAGUCUGCGGCAAAGGCUUCCGCCAGGCCAGCACGCUGUGCAGACACAAAAUUAUCCACACCCAGGAAAAGCCUCAUAAAUGCAACCAGUGCGGCAAAGCUUUCAACCGCAGCUCCACGCUCAACACGCACAUCCGCAUCCACGCGGGCUACAAGCCCUUCGUCUGCGAAUUCUGCGGCAAAGGCUUUCACCAGAAAGGGAACUACAAGAACCACAAGCUGACCCACAGCGGCGAGAAGCAGUACAAGUGCACCAUCUGCAACAAGGCCUUCCACCAGGUCUACAACCUGACCUUCCACAUGCACACGCACAACGACAAGAAGCCCUUCACCUGCGCCACCUGCGGCAAGGGCUUCUGCAGGAACUUUGACCUCAAGAAGCACGUGCGCAAACUCCACGACAGCGCGGGCCCGGCCACCCCCUCCACCAAGGACCUGACGCGGACCGUGCAGAGCUGAGAGCUACGGCCUCGCCCUCCCUUCGACCCGACCCAACCCCCAGACAGAUCACACCUAUAAACUC